GUCGUCAUUUUCGUGAGGAUAUUAUGGUCAUUACAUAUCUUCCUGCAAGUGAAAGUUAUACUGAAUUAUAUCGUAUUUAUCAAUCAAGUUUAGAUGAAACUUCUGAUUUUAAUAUUAGUCGAUCAUCUUUUAAUAUGCGUUUUAAUGCUCAAUUUUGGACAGAAAGUGAACAGGAUCAAAAUGUACAACAAUGGAACGAUCAUAUUACUUGGGCACAUCAGGAACGAGAAUAUUACAA